AUGAGGGCUCCCAUUUUUGCAAUAUCCAACUUCAGAAGGUGUUGGGGGCACUACAGUGUAACACAUAAGGUGGCCUCACCUUAUCACCCGCGGACGAAUGGUCAAGCUAAGGUCUCUAACAGGGAAUUGAAGAAGAUACUGGAGAAGACUAUGGCCUUUACAAGGAAAGACUGGGCUCUCAAGCUAGAUGAUGCUUUAUGGGCUUAUCGGACUUCUUUCAAAACUCCCAUAGGACUAUCCCCAUUCCAAAUGGUCUAUGGGAAAGCUUGUCAUCUACCAGUACAAAUGGAACAUAAGGCAUACUGGGCCUUAAAGUUUCUGAAUUUUGAUGAAGUUUUGUCGGGGGAGAAGAGGAAACUGUAG